UGUAAAACCCUAAUUUGCCGACGACGGGAACUUGACGUUCCCUCUCGGUCUACGCUUCCAUCUACUCCUCUCGUUUUCCAUGAGUCCCGAUGGAUCCAAAUCCGGUCGGAAGAGACGAGAAAUUCGCGCAAAACUUUUGAAGACUAGUUCGUUGCGCGGGAAGUUCACGAGUGACGAAGAUGACUCGGGAAACCUAGUCAGAGACAACAACAAUCGAAAGGGUCCGAAGAGAGGAAGAGAAGGCCAAUCUGAUCAUGAUGAUGAUGAUGAGCCUAUGAUUAAGAAAGUAGCUUCUACGAAGGCCGUAGAGGCUGUCAAGCCAAUGACUGAAAAUGUCAAACCUUCAGAUUCUUACUUGUCUAAGACAAGAUUUGAUCAGUUCCCACUGUCUCCCUUGUCGCUGAAAGCAAUCAAGGAUGCCGGGUUUAAGACAAUGACUGUUGUGCAGGAGGCUACUCUUCCUAUCAUUCUCAAAGGUAAAGAUGUGCUAGCCAAGGCCAAAACAGGCACUGGGAAAACCGUUGCAUUUUUGCUUCCAUCAAUUGAAGCUGUUCUCAAAUCUCCUCCUGCAAGCCGGGAUAAUAGGCAGCCCCCAAUUACUGUGCUUGUGGUUUGCCCUACUCGUGAACUUGCUUGUCAAGCUGCUGCAGAAGCAAACACCUUGCUGAAGUAUCACCCAUCUAUUGGUGUUCAAGUUGUGAUUGGUGGCACAAAGCUUCCUACAGAGCAAAGGCGUAUGCAAAAGAAUCCUUGCCAGAUUCUUGUGGCUACACCUGGAAGGCUCAUAGACCAUAUCGAUAACACUUCUGGAUUUGCCACAAGGUUGAAGGGUGUGAAAGUCCUUGUGCUUGAUGAAGCUGAUCAUCUCUUGGACAUGGGUUUCCGAAGGGAUAUUGAGAGGAUAAUCGCCGCGGUUCCUAAGCAGAGGCAAACAUUUUUAUUUUCUGCCACAGUACCUGAAGGGGUCCGCCAAAUAUGCCAUAUUGCUCUAAAACACGACCAUGAGUUCAUCAAUUGUGUUCAAGAGGGCUCUGGGGAAACACAUCAAAAGGUCACACAAAUGUACAUGAUUGCAUCUCUGGAUAGACAUUUCUCGCUUCUAUAUGUGCUUCUUAAAGAACAUAUCGCAGAUAAUGUAGACUAUAAGGUUAUUAUUUUCUGUACAACUGCUAUGGUUACAUGUUUGGUGGCUGAUCUACUUGGUCAGCUAAGCCUGAACGUCAGAGAGAUCCAUUCUAGAAAACCACAGAGUUACAGAACCAGAGUUUCUGAUGAGUUUCGCAAGUCCAAGAGUAUUAUCCUUGUUACAUCUGAUGUAUCUGCUCGUGGUGUUGAUUACCCUGAUGUGUCACUAGUCGUACAGAUGGGAUUGCCAUCAGACAGGGAACAAUAUAUACACAGACUUGGCAGAACCGGACGGAAAGGUAAGGAAGGGGAAGGUGUGCUAUUGUUAGCACCGUGGGAAGAGUACUUUCUAGCUUCUGUUAAAGACUUACCCAUCACUAAGUCUUCUUUACCCCUGAUAAACCCUGAGGCUGUGAAAAAGGUGCAGAAAGGGCUUGGCCAAGUGGAAAUGAAGAACAAAGAGGCGGCGUAUCAGGCGUGGUUGGGUUACUACAAAUCUCAGAAGAAGAUUGCAAAAGACACGACCAGACUGGUGGAGUUAGCCAAUGAGUUUAGCCGUAGUAUGGGACUUGCCAUCCCUCCAGCUAUCCCUAGAAAUGUUCUUGCCAAGAUGCGUCUCAUAAACGUUCCUGGCCUUAGAACCAAGUAGAUUUUUGUUUCUUCAAAGUUUUGCUUUUGUCUUAAAACUUGAGUGUGAUAUGUUGUCGUUCUUGCAACCCUCGACUUUUCCAGUUAUAAAAAAUUCUAUAAUUCGUCUUUUUGAAA